CGCGUGCGUGCGCACACGCGCAGUCGCGCCCGCGCCCGCGCCAACCAUGGCGUCCGCUGGCCUGCCAGAUUUCGACAUUUCACAAAUCAAAACGCGUUCCGUCGAGAGAACUCUACUACCCCUCAUCAAGCAGAUCAGCAGCCUGGUAGCGACCCGUGGCGAGGCGGCUGCCGGCGGCGCAGCGGUGCAGCGGGUGGGAGCGGCCGUCUGCUGUGCUGUCGAGCGGUUUGUGGCCGUCGGCGAGACCAUAGCUGACGAUAACCCCGAUGUGCGGCACAGCAUGGUCCUGGCCUGCAAGGAAGCGAGAGCUGCAGGUCGUGCGAUCGAGCGCGUGUGCACGGGCGCAGACGGCGCUGGCAUGGUCUCUGCUGCGCGCGCGCUGCUCGCCGCCGUCACCAGGGUGCUGCUGCUGGCUGACAUGGUGGUCGUGCGGCAGCUGCUGCUCGCCAAAGACAAGGUGGCGCGCUCUUUAGACAGGCUGGAAUCCGUUUCAAAUUUCGCGGAAUUCGUGCGAGCGUUCACGGAAUUCGGUGGCGGCAUGGUGGAGCUGGCGCGGCUGACGGCCGAGCGGCGCGCCGACUUGCGCGACGAGCGCCGGCGCGCGCAAGUCGCCGCGGCAAGGAACGUUCUGGAACGGUCUACCCUCAUGCUCCUUACAUCUUCCAAGACAUGUAUGCGGCACCCGAGCAGCGCAUCAGCUCGGGAGAACCGUGACACCGUCUUUUGCCAGAUGCGGCGCGCCAUGGACCUCAUUCAUUACGUGGUGCGGGACGGCCUCCCUGGUCACGAGGAACACUCACACGAGGCGGCACAGUGGGAAGCAGGGACGGCACUAGGGGCGCUCAGAGGUUUGACGGGGCAAGUGCGAGCGGCCCGAGCCAGAGGCGGUGCGGACGCGGCCAGGAGGCGAGCAUUGGCCGGCACGCUGCGGGCCUUGGUGGAACGGACGCACGACUUCACAGACUCCGCCUACACGUCGCACGAGCACAGACAGAGAAUCCUAGCCCUCGCCGAAAGGAUUGCAUACGAAUUAGAAAGAUUAGUUGCUGUCGCUGUAUCUGUGGAAGAACAAGGUUCAAGCGGCGCUGGAGCGGCUCUCGAGAGUGCGUGCGCAGGCGCCACCAGCGCCGCAUCAGAGCUAGAACGAGCCUUGGUAGCCUCGGCCAGGCACCAAGCCCGCGAUUUAGCGCCUCUGGCUGAAGAGGCCCGUCGUCUUGCGUCAGACCUCGCGCACAUAGCUAGUUCCUGUGGUGAGAGAGAAUCAGCGAGACUGCACAGUAUAGCCGGCCGGCUGCACGAACAAUUAGAUCACAUAAUAGAGGUAUGCAAAUUGCUAAGACAUAUAGCGAUGUCUGAGACGCUGCAGGUGAGCGCGAAGUUUGCAGAGAUCAAUUUAAGGAUAUACGGGCCGCAAGUUGUGACGGCCGCGCGGACGUUAGCUGCGCACCCAAACAGCGCAGCGGCGAGGGAGAACCUGGACGUGUUUGUGGACAUGUGGGCGUGGCUGCUGGCGGACGCGGCGCGGUUAGCUCAGGAACUGCUAAACCUAACGGACGAUAGACCUGAUAAACAGCAGUACAGCAGUUUGCCAAGACCGGGGAAACAUGGUACAACGUGUAAACCGCUAAAAGCGGUCCGACUGGACUCUGAUGAGCAAGCGAAAAUAGCAAAAUCAGGUCUGGAAAUGAAAAUGAUGUCCUCUGAGAUGGACGCUGAGACUGACAAAUGGCAGGGCGCAGCUGCCGACGAAAACAACGAUAUUGUGAAGAGGGCGAAAAAUAUGUCUUCCAUGGCUUUCGCUAUGUACCAGUUUACAAAAGGCGAAGGCCGUCUAAAUACUACACAGGACCUCUUCACGCAAGCCGAAUAUUUCGCUGAAGAAGCUAAUAGAUUAUAUAAAAUUGUACGACAGUUUUCAUACCAGGUACCAGCAGGGACGACGAAAAAGGAACUGUUAGAACACUUAGAUAAGGUACCAACAUACGUGCAGCAACUACAGUUUACGGUAAAAGAGCCAACUGUUGGCCGCGCCGCCACCUUCAGCAAAGUAGACAAUGUUAUUCAGGAGACGAAGCACCUCAUGAAUGUCAUAAGUAAAGUUGUCACGACAUGCUUCGACUGCGCUAACAAGUACAAGCUGGACUUCACGGGGCUAUCAGCGGGCGUCGGCGGGGGCGGCGCAGGACGCGGGGCCAGCGGGGCCCGUGAUGACGACGGCGGCGCCGGCGUCGGCGGCGACGCGAAGCCCGGGGGGAGUUCCUCAGACACGGCCAUGUGACAGUACGGCAUGGGCCGGCGCGGCAAGGGCGACGCGCGCCGGACCAGGGUCAGCUUCCUUCUGUUUUAAAGGGUCAACUCCUUUGAAACCACGUCGCCAAGGCUGGGGGACGAUACUCGCAAGUGUACUUUUCCGACCGUACUUUUUGAUACGAACAUGAUUCUAGUAUCAUUUUUAUUUGUAAGUCAAUGUCUUCGUAAGGUUCCGUAGCCAACCAAAGUAACACAUGUCACGCUACAAACCCUGUAAUUUAUUUAUCAAAUUAGAAAGCCAACUCU